CUUCUGGCAUUUGAUUUGUUCUUUUUAAUAGGGAUUCCAGCUCCAGUGGUCUACUUCGUGGAUUAUGUCACCAACUCCAUCUAUCUUGAAGAUAUUGUAGACUCGAUUACUGUUCAGGAUCAUAUUUAUUCUGUACAAAAGAGUGGAAACGACACCAGUGGCCUCCAUAAGUUAGCAGAGAAGAUGGGUGAGCUGUUAGCAAGGAUGCACGAUGAGGAUAUUAUCCAUGGGGAUCUUACAACUGCCAAUCUCCUCCUGCGGCCACCCAUGGAGAAGCUGGACUUGGUGUUGAUAGACUUUGGACUCAGUUUUAUUUCAGGUCUUCCAGAGGAUAAAGGAGUUGAUUUGUAUGUUCUGGAAAAAGCCUUCAUCAGCACACAUCCAGAUACUGAAACAAUGUUCCAAGCUCUGCUAAAGGCCUAUGCAGCCACGUCUAAAAAAUCUGGUCCUGUGAUCAAAAAGUUGGAUGAGGUUCGGCUAAGGGGAAGGAAGAGGUCCAUGAUUGGGUAGAAGGGAGUGGGUUUAGGGAUGGAGAAAUACUAGGUUUUGCAGAUAGGGUUAUUUAUAUUUCUGGUUGGUUUUAUUUCACAGAUCACUAUUUUGAUAACUGUGUCUUCAAAUAAAUAAACUUGAAAGAGUUUUAAGUGUCAUAAAGUAA